AUGGUCCUGGUCAUUCUCGACUUCUUUGCUCGAUCUUCAGGACGACGCACUGUCCAUAAGUCCUCGCUCGUCGUCUACGAGUCAGGCAUCGAUAUAGGAUCCAACAUCUCAUCCACCAUCACGUCGAACAACGCAGUCAACCCGGUUCCCUUGGGACUACCAGCCCUCGCAGGAUCUCCCCUUCUCCAGUACGACCGAGCAGACCGUUGCUUCGUCACCACCACAAGAAGGACUCCCAUCUAUCCUCGAGGCGGCUCCUGGGUUUGUGCAGAAGGCUCCAACCCGCAGAUCGUCGCCCAUCAACAGCUUGUCAGCUAUUACCAGAGACACCCUCCCGCUCACCCAGAAGACGUAUUUGCCACCCUACGAAUCAACGUCGAACCAGCACAAACAACAGAGAACCUACAGUCACCUGUUAACGAACAACCGUUUGAGCUCCCGGACGUUCAGUACGUUUCCAUCGAGGCUCCAGAACUACCACCAGCUCCACCUGCACCAACCAACGCACCGGUUGAAGUCCCUAUGGCAACGUUCACUCAAGCAGACAUCGAUCAGCGCAUCGCUGUUGCCCUCGCAGCAUACCAAUCCCAACAGUCAACUGCCAACCGACCCCUUCGCCUUGACAUCCCCGCUCCCGAACCUUUCAGCAGAAAGGCGGAGGACCUCAGACGCUUCAUCCAAUGCAUCCUCUCCUACUUCGUCGCAACCAACAACACCAGACUUAGCGAUGAAGCAAAGAUUGCCUUCACUGUAGCGUUGAUGAGGAAGGACCUAGGGAAGACAUGGGCAGACGCAUACUACGAGAAGUCGGCAGGGGGAGUCCAGGUCUAUGCUGAUUGGGCAGCCUUCGCCACCACCCUUGAGGAAGCGUUUCCUGAGCACGGAACGCGAAUCAAGGCGCACCAAAUCCUGAUGAAGCUGCCCGAACGACAGAAGAACAAGAAGACGGUGCUCUCCCUUGGAAACUACGUCACCCGCUUCGAGCAGCUAGCGUCGAAAGCCCAGCUCAAGGACGCCGAAGUCAAUGGCGUCAAUCGCACCGAGAACGACUACCACACUCUCCACGCCAACUUCGUCAAAGGACUUCCAAAGGAGCUCUACUACGACGAAGUCCGAAACGCCGACACCGCCGAACAAGGGGCCCUCACCGUCACAGACACCAGAGACUACGGCGAGCCAAUGGAUAUCGACGCCGCUGCAGUCGUGGCAACCUUUGCCCCCACAUCGGGAGGAAGGAAGUGGGAACUAGGAGCAGUUCUCAACGAGGCCGACCGUCGCAUCUCACCCAACACUUCGAUUUCGCCUUCGACGCUCUUCGACAUCUUCGACGGUGCGCGACGCUUACUCGAAGAUCGGCACGGUCGUCCCAAUGCCUCGGACGGAAACCUGUGCUUCUACUGCCACAUCAAGGGCCACAGCGCCAAGGAUUGCUGCAAGAAAGCGGCCGCACGACAAGGGGGUGGAAGGCCGAACCAGGGAGGAUCUGGGAAGGACGACUUCCGUGCCAGAAUCAAGACACUCUCCGCCAACGAGAAGUGGGAGCUGUACGAAGAACUUACGAUGGAGGAUUUUUGA